UGGUUGCUGCAUUGAAAGAGAAGAAAAACUGUUGAUCUAUGAAUACAUGCUGAACAAAAGUUUGGACCACUUUAUUUUUGUGGUUACAUGCCUCCUGAAUAUGCUGUGCAUGGACAUUUCUCGAUAAAAUCAGAUGUUUUCAGCUUUGGAGUGAUAGUGCUAGAGAUAAUAAGUGGAAAGAAAAAUAGAGAAUUUUCAGAUUUAGAAAACUUCUUGAAUCUUCUUGGAUAUGCAUGGAGACUAUGGAGAGAAGGAAUGGCGAUGGAAUUAAUGGAUCAAGCCUUAGGAGAGAGAUUCAAUCCAUCUGAAGUCAUACAAUGCAUACAAGUGGGCCUGUUAUGUGUACAACAAAUACCAGAAGAUAGACCCGACAUGUCGUCUGUGGUUCUAAUGCUGAACGGAGAGAAAUCAUUGCCCGACCCUCAUGUUCCUGCUUUCUACAUUGAAAGGAGAAUACCUGAAGCAGAUUCUUCCUCGGAAAAAUGCAAACCUUCCUCACCAAAUGAAAUGUCCCUUACAACAUUCGAGGCAAGAUAGUGCACAUAAUGGCUUUACUUUUCAGAAUGGGAUUCGUUGAUUAUUCUAAAUCAAAAGAAUAUUCAGAUGGUAUAAUCUCUCAUGUUAGUCAGCCGAUCUAAUUCUUACCUGGUUGUUUUCAUUUGCGUUAUGAGCCACUUGUUAAGCAGGAAAAAAUUUCUCUAAA